AUGAAGCUCUACAACGAUGCCAACGUUCCGCGAAUCAUUCUCGAGCAGGAGAAAAUCACUGCGAAUCUUGAAGAGCGACGAGCAAAUCUUCACUCUGAGCUUAUCUCUCUGAAAAUCGAAUUGAACAACAACAUCGCCUUCUGCCUGCUCAACUUCAAGGAAUAUGGAGAGCACAUUUGCGACGUCAGAUCUUACCAAUACGGACAAGGAGAAAUCUAG